CUUCUCCUUCGCGAUUUCUUGGAUUCUUCGUUCUGAUCUUUGCAGCCAUAUGGACCCAAAUCGAUGCUGCCAACUUCGACUACCGGGACGCGCUGUCCAAAUCCCUUCUUUUCUACGAGGCCCAGCGCUCCGGCGAGCUUCCUUCGCAGCAGCGAGUCAAAUGGAGGGGGAAUUCCGCGCUUGAUGACGGCAGCGAUGGAAAUGUGAAUUUGGCUGGUGGCUACUAUGAUGCUGGCGACAACGUGAAAUUCGGCUUCCCUAUGGCGUUUACAAUCACAAUGCUCUGCUGGGGAGCGAUAGAGUAUGGACGAUUGAUCGAUGCCGCGGGAGAAAUGGGCAAUCUCCGCGACGCAAUUCGAUGGGGAACGGAUUAUUUCUUGCGCGCCAACACUGGAUCGUCAGAGCUCUGGGUCCAGGUGGGUGAUCCUUACAAGGAUCACAACUGCUGGCAGCGUCCCGAGGACAUGGAAUCGCCCAGGAAAUCUUACCUUAUCAAUCAAACAUCGCCAGGAACAGAGGUGGCGGCAGAGACAUCGGCAGCUCUAGCCUCGGCAUCGAUCGUUUUCCAAAGUUCUGAUCCGAGCUACUCCACGAAGCUGCUCCAAUCGGCAAUCCGUCUCUUCCAAUUUGCGGACCGGUUUCGAGGAACGUUUAGUGGAGGAUGUCCAUUCUACUGCUCAGUCUCUGGCUACCAAGACGAGCUUCUUUGGGCUGCUUCAUGGCUGUACAAAUCUACGGGCUCGUCUAUGUACCUCUCUUACGUGAUCGACCAUGCAGACAAAAGUGGAAUCGUGAGCGAAUUUAGCUGGGAAAACAAACAUGCUGGUGUCCAAGUCUUUCUUUCCACGCUUUACCUGAAAGGUGGUGGCUUUGAUGCACUGAAGCGAUACAAAGACGAGGCUGAUUUCUUCUUUUGUGCAACACUUCCAAACACGUCUCAAACCCAAGUUGAUAGAACCCCAGGUGGCUUCAUAUACGUGAGAAGUGGAGCCAACACACAAUACUCCAUCGGCGCCUCGUUCCUCGCUGCCGUUUAUGCAGAUUCCCUCGCGCAAGCCCAAGUCUCCAGCACGGUUUCAUGCGGGAGAACGCUCCUCGGCCCGAGAGAUCUUCUCAACUUCGCAAAGGGUCAAGCCGAUUACAUCCUGGGAGAUAACCCACGCAGGAUCUCCUACAUGGUUGGCUUCGGCAGCUCGUUUCCACAGCAGCCACACCACCGCGGAGCUUCGAUCGAAUCAGUGGCCAAGCUCCACGCCCGCGUCUCGUGCGGCGAGGGAUUCUACACCUGGUACAGCAGCAAAUCCCCAAAUCCAAACGAGCUCACGGGCGCGAUCGUUGGAGGCCCCGAUAGAGACGAUAGCUUUGUGGAUCUUAGGUCUAACUCGGCUCAGCUCGAGCCCACAACUUACGUGAACGCUCCCUUCGUUGGGCUGCUCGCAAGACUAACGGCCCAAAUUUAA